AUGAACAAAGUCACGCCUCAAAUCCAGGCAAUCGCCAGCAAGCUCUCAUCAGCCUUCAAGAGACGCAACAAUGCACCUUCAAUUACCAACCCUCCGUCCCACAAUGAUGAUCGCCAAUACCGCUUAUCGCGGCUCCUCUUGGUGGUAUCGCUCACGCUGCUCCUCCUGUUGUCCAUUGCAGCUCUUGUCCUCAAGGCAUAUAGCUACGGCUUCAUUGAGUUCAACGCCGAGAUGGGGUUCUAUCUUGUGAACGACGAGGUCCAAGGCGAACCUGAAGGAGAGAAUCUGGUAGCCGCUCUUCCUCACAACCUCUUCCGUGUGCCUGAGAAGCUUGUACUGGUAGUGGCGAUGCUCAACAUACUUUUGAGUACGGCACAUUUGGCAUUCGUUUCUUGGGACUGGAAAUCCGGCAGACGAACGCAAACGCGCGCCUUCCGCCGCAACGCCAUUGUUCUGCACAUCAUCAAUGCCAUCCUUGUUCUGACCGCUCUUAUCGCCAUGUCCGUAUCUCACAAAGCCUCAUCACCGUUCAAGUACGAUCUCAUCCCAAAGACACCCAACGCUGUGUCUCCAUCUGGGUACAGGUACUACCGUUACGACUCUGGCAUUUUCGACCUUGAGACCUGGACCUGCGAGCUAGAGAACGCAAAGGGUGCUGGCGAGGCACGAAAGGACUACCAGGCACAGUGCGAUAUUGAAGUAGCGGGGCGAACAAUCAUGGUGCCUUUCUUCCUCGUUGCGUUGGCCGUUGCCGGAUUGUCCGUCUGGGCACUUGUCAUUGGCGGAAAGCACGGAACUCGCAGCGAGCACCUCUACACUAAGGAUGCUGACCUCGAGAUGGGUAAGGGAGCUGAAGAUGGCAAACAAGUACAAGUCGAAGAAGUUGAGCUUGCGACCUUGGAAGGGCCGGACAGGCAGAAGGAAGGCAGGUUGAGCAAGAUUGAGGAGGGUGGAGAGGAGACGGAAGAAGCACCAAAAGAGUCGGAAACAACAUUGAAGAUCGAGGCGGCCGAUGCUCUGUCAGCCGAAAGCAAGGAUGUAGAUGCAAAGAAGGAGGCUGGUGCGUCCUGA